UGUCUCUCUGUCGCUCUCUCCGUCCCUCCCUCCCUCCUCUCUCUCUUUGGGACCCAAACUUGUUUCAGGAAAAAGCGCCUGAACAUAUUUUUUCUCUCGCUGCGCUGGAAGAAACAGGACAGCCGCGUCCGUGCCAAGGAGAAGGCGUAGACUUCCUCCAAACAUUUCCUCCGCCAUCUCCGCUUUCGAGACUUGUGGAAUCUUUGUAACGAGAGGACUUUUUCUUCCACCACCUGGUUGUUUCUUUCUCUGCUAUAAAAACAACAGAGAGGAUUCCUGCAUCUGAACUUUUGCAGACAUGGACUGGGGCACAGAUCUUUGGGACCAGUAUGAUCACAUCGACAAGCACACGCUGUCAGGCCUCGACCUGGUGGAGCGUUACAUAAAGUUUGUGAAGGAACGGACGGAGAUAGAACAGAACUACGCCAAGCAACUCAGGAAUCUAACAAAGAAAUAUGCCAAACGAGGAAGCAAGGAAGAGCAAGACUGCAAAUUCAGCAAUCACGCAUCAUUACAGGAGAUCCUGAACGAGCUGAAUGAUUACGCCGGCCAACGGGAGCUCAUCGCUGAAAACAUGAUGACCGGCAUCUGUGUCGAACUCACCAAGUACAUUCAGGAUCUCAAACAGGAACGCAAAACAUACCUGUCUGAUGCCAAGAAGGCCCAGCAGAAUUUAGAGAGCAGCUUUAAACAACUAGAAAGUACUAAGAAGCGUUUUGCCAAGGAGUGGGCGGAGGCUGAAAAAGCCACACAACAAGCCGAGAAAACAGAGAGCGACCUCAAUGCCACCAGAAUCGAUGUCGAGAAAGCCAAGCAGCAUGCCCAUGCCCGCACGCACACAGCGGAGGAGUGCAGGAGCGACUAUGCAGCACAGCUCCAGAAAUACAACAAGGAACAAAACUUCUUCUACUACUCAGAGAUACCGCAGAUCUUCAAUAAAAUGCAGGACAUGGAUGAGCGGAGGAUUCGGCGGCUGGCGGAGGGAUACUGCCAGUUUUCAGACAUCGAGAAGAAGGUGCUGCCCAUCAUCUCCAAGUGUCUAGAGGGAAUCUCUGCAGCAGGGAGGAAAAUCAAUGAGAAACAGGACUCGAUGCUGUUCAUAGAGCAGCACAAGUCUGGUUUUGAGCGACCUGGAGAUGUGGAGUUUGAAGACUAUACCCAAGGAAUCAAAUCAGCAACCUCUGACUCCAGCCUCAACCCACCCAAAGUGCGUGCCAAGCUCUGGCCUUUCACCAAGAAGCACAAGCCGACAGCUGCAGAAGAUUUCUCUCACCUUCCUCCGGAGCAGAGGAAGAAGAGGCUGCAGGCGAAGAUUGAUGAUAUCACCAAAGAGCUGCACAAGGCGCAGGACCAAAGUGACGCACUGGAGAAGAUGAAGGGUGUGUAUGAGCAGAAUCCACAGAUGGGUGACCCCUCCAGUCUGGAGCCUCAGAUCACAGAAACUGCCCAGAACUUUGGCCGCCUGAGGGGGGAGCUUGCUAAAUAUGAGACGUGGCUGUCAGAAGCAGUGGGAGGAGAAGAAUCUUCCAACACCUUGAACAAUAAUACUCAACAUUGUGUUCCAGCAGCUGACCAGUCUCAUAACAUCUACACAGAGUUUGAAGAUGAGUUUGAUGACAUAGAAAGUCCUGUGGGCCAGUGCACGGCUCUGUACACCUUUGAAGGCAACAGUGAGGGCACCAUUUCCAUUACGGAGGGAGAGCUGUUAAGUAUAAUGGAGGAGGAUAAAGGAGAUGGAUGGAUGAGAGUCCUUAGAGCCAGUGGAGAAGAGGGCUAUAUACCUUCAUCCUAUGUCAAACUUGGCCCGUAACACACAAACACACACACACACACACACUCAGAGCUUGUGAUGGAAAGUUAAGAGCCAAAGGUGAAUACAAAGUCAUCCAUGAUAAUUGGAGCUGCUCUCUACAUCUUUUAUCUCAGCCAGUGACGUGUAUAGUGAGAUGAAUAUGAGAGAUUAUAAAGCUUGUUAUCAAGGCAGAUUGCGAUAUCAUACACUCUCUGUCUCUGCUUGCUGCGGCAGGAGAGGCUGUCUCUAAACGCAGACUGUCAGUCCUGUCUGAUCUUUAUAGAUUUCAACUCUUUUAAAAACCAAACUUUUGAAUGUAUACCUGAACUUUUUGUCACAAUGUUAAGUGACAACUCAAGUAACAUAUUCAGCAUCAUAGUAGCCUUAUGCUACAUUUCUUUUAUGUCGAUAUAGACUUUCCCACUGCCAUUUCUAAUAACCUGCUGAACUUUUCCUUUUGGUAACACCAGCCCUUUGCUAAAACCUCUUUCCUGACAGGAUAAUGUGAGUUGUUUUUUUUGUUAUCAUAGUGAUGUUAUGUUGUAUGACUUAUAACUGGAUGAAAACCACUACUCUAUAGGGAGUGCACAAAACAUGAGAUCUCUCAAUGGACUAUCACAUUUUUUUAUGUCUAUCUUAAAACAGUAGUCAGGUGCCCACAUGAACAUUGAAACAGGUUUUGCUUGCUGUAGUCAUUCUUCCUGUUCAUACUGGCCCUGAAGAGAUCCCUUCCUAAUGUGCUUCUAAUGUAAGUGAUGGUUGACAAAAUCCACAGUCCUCGUUCUGGGUAAAAAUGCUUUUCAAAGUUUUUCUGAAGCUAAUAUGAGGCUUCAGCAGUCUGAGUUAGACUCAUCAAGUGGGUAUUUUCCAAAGUUUCAGUGUUUUUAAUACAAAAUUAACUUAACUUUGGAAGAUUCCCUCUUGAUAUGAGUAACUCAGUCUGGAGCCUCCUAUUAGCAGAAAAACUUUGGAAUAUAUUUUUACACAGAAGAAGGGCUGUGGAUAACCUAUCCUUUUAACUCCAUAUGAUAUAUUACAGUUUCUCUGCUCAAGCGAAAUUUGCAAGGAAACUUGCUUUGCAAUGUUUUUGUGACUUUAAGACAUGGUGGGGAAGAACCACAGGAAAAGCACAAUGGCAGUAAUGAUCAAAGUUCAACGUAAAGUAAAAACACAGCAUAUACCAUUCCUGGCAGAAAUACUUGGUGAACUGCUUGUGUUUGAGGUUGCAGCUUCAGAGAUCAUCACAUUGCACGGACAUCAUAAAACUUAAAAAUAUGUGCAACUUAAAAGUGGAUAACAAGCAAUUAUUAAGUACUUGUCUUUGCUUUUGAAAUCCAACUUUGCACAAAAGUGGCAGAGCUGUAGCAAUUCUGGUCAUCAAUUGGUUCUUCUUUUAUGGUUUUUAGGUUUCUAAUAUAUGUAUACUGGUUUUACAUGGUUUAACCAUCUGUUUUUAAUAUUUUGAGCCUCAAGACCUCUGAAUCUCACUCUGCUGCUUAAGCACUUUUAAAAUCUGAUAGGAGUGUUUAAAGAUCUACUCCAUGUUUUAAGACAUAAAAAGACUCUUGCUGUAAAUAAUAAUUCCACAAAAAAAGUCAUUUAACUAGUCAAAAAUUCUUAAAAUUACAUCUACUCCUUCUCCUGCAAUGGAAAAUCCAGAAUCUAUGAAUAUGCAAAUAUUAUUCAUUUCAAAACUUUAACUGCUGGACACAAUAUGCCUCUUGAGGUUUGAAGUUUUCACAUCACACUUGUGUAAUUGGACAAUGGUUUGUACAUGUCUUAAACUCAGAUUUAAAGUGAGCGUAGAGAUCUUUUCCUCUUUCAGCAGACACAUUUUAAAACAGCCUCUAGUCUCAAACUCUGCACAUACAUCAUUCUGCACAUUAAAGCUCAAACAUCCAAGAGAAGUAACAAUAACUAGAACACAUUCCUGUUGACACAUUCCAAUCUCACUCUCAUUGAGCCACAUAACGUUUCCUCAUCUCUUUGUCUACCACUUUGUCCUGCACUAUUAGAUAUUAACAUUUAAGGGGUAUUAUUAUUGUAUGUAUGUAAGUAAAUGUAUUUACAUGUAUCAUUUGAGUCAUAAAGUGAAAAGAAAAAACA